AUGGAUCCGGCCCCGCCCUACGACCACCGCCGCCACUACCCCGACCACCACCACCGCGGCCACUACCCCGACAACCACCACCAGCACCACCACUUCGCGGCGGGGGUCGCCCCCGUGCGGUCCAGGCACGAGCAGUACGACCCCUACGACCACGUCCCGCCGCCCUACAACCACCUCCACAGCCACCACCACCAUCAGCCCCCGCCGCGGGUGCACCACCAGCACCAGCAGCUGCCCCCGCCGCCUCCCCUGCCGCCGCCGCCGCCCCACCGCCCCAGCUACGCGCCCCCUCCCCCGCCGCAUCCUCCCCCAGAGGCCUACGCCACCCCACCGCCGCCUCCGCCGCCCUACCCCCACCCCCACUACCCCAACCGCCAGGAAGAGAUCCGCCGCGCCGCCGGGCACCACCACCACCACAGCAACCAGCCGCAGUACCAGCCACAGCCACAGCACCACCAACAGCAGCAUCAGCAUCAGCAGCAGCACCAUCACCACCCGCAGCAGCAGCAGCCGCCUGCUUGGAAGGAGGCUGAGCCCGACGACAGGCGCAGAUACGCCCCUGCUCACCAGGAGCCUGAGGUCGACAGGCGCAGAUACGCCCCCGCUCACCAGGAGCCCGAGGACAGGCGUAGAUACGCCCCUGAUCAACAUGAGGCUGAGAUCGACAGGCGUAGAUACGCCCCCACCCACCAGGAGGCCGAGGAAGAGAGGCGCCGAUAUGCCCCACCCCACCAGGAGGCUGAGGAAGACAGGCACAGAUAUGCUCCGGCCCACCAGGAGGCUGAGGAUGAUAGACGCAGCAGAUAUGCCCUCACUCACCAGGAGGCCGAGGAAGAGAGGCGCCGAUAUGCCCACCAGGAGGCCGAGGAGGACAGGCGCAGCAGAUACGGCCCUGCCCAUGAGCACCGUCUCUCGCCGUCCGAACCGCGCAAGAGACAGCGGUGCGCCUUACACGACGGCGGAGGCGACCUGGAGAGCACCUCCAGCUCCGGCCAGCCGCAUUCCCGCCAUCUGAGGCAGCAGCCACACCCCACUUACGCACCGGUCGACAGUUACGUAGACAGGGCCCCCGCCCAUGCUGGCUACAGCCACGAGAGCUUCUCGACGCACAGCGACAGCAAGGGGGGCAGCAGGAAGGUAGAGAUGCCUUCGCGGACGGCGCUGUCUGGCUCGCCACGUGCCACAGUUACUGCGCAGCCAAGGGGCACCCCGCCGCAGAAGCCCGCAGCCCCUAGGAGGCUCUCCGUGUGGCAGCGGAUAGAGGAGAGCCCUGCUUCUGUGGGGCAGCUGCCAAAGAUUUCCCCGUCCAAGUCGAGCAAUGCAGGGUCUGCUUCCAAGGAACUGGCCAGCGUGAUAUCCGUGGACUGUAAGGCCAAGAGCACCAGUAGUAAUGAUGGUGACAGCACUAAAUCAGUAAAGAAGGAUGCUGGAAAGAAGGUGUUGUCCUCGGUUCUUGUGAAGCCUUCGCCGCCCGAGUCCAAGGAAAAAGAAAGGAGUGCGGAGAAGCUUCCCGGAAAGAAUGAUAGUAAUGUUCAGAAGAACGUGGCAGGUUCCCCUAGUAAAAGUUUGGGCUUAACUGGCCGUCCUGUGGCUGGUGUGAAGAAAGUGAAGAAGAUAGUUAUCAAGAAGAUUGUUAGGAAGAUUGACGGCACAGUUGUCUCUGAGAAGAGGGAUACUAUUGAUGCUAAUGCGAAUGCCUCUGAGAGAGAAGAGGGUGAGAUCAUAACGUCAUCGCUGGAAAAGGAUGUCGUAUCUGAACAUAAUUUAGUUAGCACUAGUGGUACAGCUGGAGCCAGUAAUGGCGCGAAUCUCCAGAAGGGCGAAAAUAAUAACUUACGCAAAAGGAAAGCUACUUCUUCAGCCAUCGAGCCCAAGAGAAUUCUCGAUCCAGCAAGUCUUAGUGGGAGUAAGCAUCCUGGAAAGGGAAACAAUAGAAGCACCAGGGAUCCAGGUGAUAAUAAGGCUGCUUCAGCCGUUAAAUCUAGGGAGGCGAUUGCUACAAGACACAGUGAGCGUCCUGGGAAAAAGGAUAGGAGCUCCAUGGAUUCAGGUGUUAGGAAUGCAACUCAUGUGUUUGCGAAUGGUAAUCAUCAGAAGGAGGAGGGUGAAAUCCUGUCUCUUUCAGGUGAAAUGAAUGCUGCAGUUGCAAGUAAACCCGUGAGAAUUUCUGAUAGUCGUGAAGAUUCCAGCAGAGGGAGCAAAGUUCCUAAGGAUGCGAAUAAAGAAAAUACUGUUUCCUUGAAAGGAGUUACGGUAAAUCAUGGUACAGCAGAAAUUUUUGGAAGUGAGAAUGCUAGGAGGGAAGACAAUGACAUCUUCACUGACACAAAUCAAGAGGUUGUCCUCCCUGUAAGCAAUUCCACUGUAGUUCCUAGUACAGCACAAGUCACAAUGUGCGAGAGAAAGGGUGCUCAGAAGAAUGAGGGUAUGAUUCUGACUGGUUUAGGUGGUCAGGAUACAUGGGAGGAAGAGGGUAACAUGCAUCCAAUGUCUAUUAGUUGUCGGGGAAUUCUUAACACUAUGGAAAUUAGCGCCAAUGAGGAUAUCCAGAAUAAAGAAGGUAGAACGCCCAUGGAGUCAAGCAAAGGUAAUGUUUCUGUGACACACCAUGUGAAGGCUUCUAAUACAAGAGAACUUGAUCUGAAUCAGGAUAACAGGAACAAAGAGAGCCAAAUUCCCAUAGAAUUUAGUCAAACUAACACUUCCAAAAUAACACACCACUUGGAAACUCCUAAUACAUCAGAAGCUAUUAUGAGUAAGUUUGUUGGCAGAGAUUUCUUUAAUCUGCCAUCUUCCAGAAAUGUUGAAAGCAGGAAUGUGGCGCCAUUGGAUAAUGAUCGUUUGGAGGAUUCAGCAGGUAGUGUAGCAAGGGGUGCUCAAGCUCAGGUAGCAGAACUGAUAAAUCUCCAUAGAGGCCAUCUGUCUCCUGAGAUUGAUUUUCCCUUGGUACUUUCCCGUGAAUCUUUAUCUGUAUCUGGUAACAGCGAGCAGUCUGUUCCUACAGCUUUGACACUUGGCAGCAAUUUCUAUUUUAGUAACACAGAAAGUGAGGGACAUCAUGAGGAAAGCCUUGAGCUGCUGGAAGGACAGAAAGGAUUGAAUGAUAGUCUUGUAAAAAGAAAAGCUGUAACCGAUGAUGAUUUAAUCGGUGUAGGUGCUCAAAAUUGGCUGACCUUACCACCGGCUGUCAACAGCAUUUCUAUGUCUGGGAAGUUUCUUACUAACGAUGCUAGUGUUAGGGAGGAUAGGAUAGGUUUGGAUCACAGCAUGGAUAAUGACAUUUACAUUAGUCAGGAUCAUGAUAUUGCACAAGAUAUGGACCAGUGUGGAAGUGUGGAUGCUUUCUCUAGUCAGGUUAACAACAUUAAUCUAUCUGGUGGUGACAUGCCGCCAUCACCCAAAGAGACUAGUGGUGAUGUCGAGAAUAAUGGUGGGAUAGUUCUCUCAGGUUUGCAAUCUGUUAGUUCAAUAAAUGUUGUCGAUCAAUAUGCUCAUCAAAUGGUGGAUAUUCCUGCUGGUAACCCAAAUGAACCUGCUAUUCAAGCCGUAGAAUCUACUGAUGUGAUGGAUGCAGAGCUAGUUUCUCCUCAGGUAUCCGUUGAGCCAGAUGCAGAGCUAGUUUCUCCUCAGGUAUCUGCUGAGCCAGGCGCAGAGCUAGUUUCUCCUCAGGUAUCCGUUGAGCCAGAUGCAGAGCUAGUUUCUCCUCAGGUAUCUGUUGUGCCUGAUACAAAGCUAGUUUCUCCUCAGGUAUCUGUUGAGCCAGAUCAUACAUAUGACAGUAGUGCUGAAGGUCCUGUGGUUGACUCAAGCACAAAGCAGGAUUUGCUGUCUUCUUGGAUUGAAUCCAUUGUGUCAGAAGCUAAAAAGGAAAAUCAACCAUGCAAAUCUACUCCACCUCCUAUUUUUUUGCCAGACAAGUUACUAGCACCAAAUGAGGAUAGCAGGAGAUCAGUAUUAGACUCGGUUGGAAACCCUGUGGUAAAACCUCCCCUGAUGAAUCGUACAACCUCUAUGCCUUCCAAGGUUGCUCCUAAACAGGUGAAUUUGCCCAGUUCAUCCCGAGAGCCCCCCCGCGCAAGUUCAAAUCCGAGGCACAAGACAUGGCAUCGUGGUGACAUGGCAACUUCUACAUCUUCGCAUGGUUCACAGCCUUCAGGAUUACCCCCUAAACAACCACCGAGGAGGAAUGACAAAACUUCGAACUCUUAUAUACGCAAGGGUAACGCCCUUAUUAGAAAUCCAGCAACAGGAAAUCUUCCUCAUUCGUCUUCUUCUUCUAGUCUGGAUACUCAGACUAAGUUGAAUAAGCCUGUGACGAGGAGAAGCAUGAACUUUGUCAGGAAAGUUGAUUCAAGUGGUUCUGUAGCACGUUCUAACUUUACAGUUGAAAGACCAAAGACUCCUCCUUUACCACUUCAUGCCAAAUCCAUCAAUUCAAUCACAAACCUUUCGGAGCAGUUACCUAAAACUUUGCCCAAGCAACUUGUUCCUGAAACUGAAAAGGAAGAUCCCGUAGGGCAGUUAAACUCAGGUGCUGAUAUCCCAAGCACUCAAAGUGCACAAAAAUCUGAAGCCUCAGAUGUUGGUAAAGUGGUUUAUGUUAGACCGAAAUCAAAUCAACUGGUUGCUGCACAGAGGCAGCACCCUGAUGAUCCGAUCAACAGUUCCAUGGAUAAGGUUCUAUCACUGCAGCCACCCACAGCCUCUGAUUUAUAUUUCAAGAAAAGGAAAAAUCAGAUUGUUUUGAGUUCCUCUUCCUCUGAUGGUCAGAACCCAAAAGCGGUUACUCCUGCUGAGAACUUAAAUUCAGGUGAGAAUAAAGGUGUACAAAUUGUGUCCUCAAACAAUGCUAUCAGUGUGUUAAAGGGCAGACCACAUAAAGCUUUUCAGACAACAAAUAAUGUGGGAACUUUCUCUCACGUGUGGACACUCAGUGGGCAACAACCACAGAGAAAAGGGCCUGUGGGAACUAGUUAUAUGAAGGUCUUCCCACGCAUACUUCCAUGGAAAAGAAAAGUAUACUACAAGAAUUUUACAAGCAGUCACACUCAGAAUGUGAGCUCCUUACGAAUAGUCAGGAAAUUACUGCAAACAAAGAAGAGAGAUACGACUUAUACUGUCUCAACUAAUGGGUUCUCUAUACGGAAAUCUGCGGUUUCAAGUGUUGGUGGAUCAAGUUUGAAAUGGUCACGAUCCCUUGAGAAGCGUUCUCAAAAGGUUGACGGGGAAGCUUCAUUGGCAGUUGCUGACGUUGAAAGAAAGAGAGGAGUUAAACGGAAGCGGCAAUCUCUCCGUUAUACACGAAAAAUUGAUCAAUACUCUCCUUCUGUUGCUGGCAAUCAAUUAAGAAACAACAAUCAAGGAUCUUCAGAUUUGACGAAGUCAUCAAGUUGCAAUGAAUAUGUGCGUGUUAGCAAAGGUAACCAACUGGUGAGGAACCCGAAAAAGGUAAUCCGCAUGCUAGCAAAUGAGAAAGUUCGAUGGAGUUUGCACACUGUUAGAUCACGCCUGGCAAAGAAACAACAGUACUGCCAAUUCUUCACACGGUUUGGCGAGUGCAAGAAGCCCGGGGGAAAGUGUCGUUAUAUUCAUGACCGUGCCAAAGUGACUAUUUGCACUAAAUUUCUUAAAGGCCUGUGUUCUGAUACUAGCUGUAAACUCACUCACAAGGUCCUUCCGGAAAGGAUGCAAGAUUGUUCUUAUUUUGUGAAAGGCUUCUGUACCAACCCAGCUUGUCCCUAUAGGCAUGUGAAAGUGAACUCUAAUGCUCCUGUCUGUGAGGACUUCCUAAAGGGAUAUUGUGCAGAUGGUGAUGAGUGUCGUAAAAAGCACAGCUAUGUAUGCCCAGUCUUUGAGGCAACAGGGGAGUGCCCGCAGCAAUCUACGUGCAAGCUUCAUCACCCCAAGAAGACGAUCAAAUCUAAUAAGAGAGGCAGACCAGACACCCCUCAAAACAGUAGCUGGGGACGUUAUUUUGACACCAGCCUUGGACAAAGCAGCGAGACGAUCAAAGUUUCUUCAGAUCAAGACGACAGACCGAAACAGCAGCGUGUUUUCUCUGACGGGGACUUUAUGGACUUCAUCACGCUCGACACUGAUGGCGACGAAGUUGAUGCAUUGGACAGCUUACAGCUGAUGGGAUUGGGCUCGGGGGAUCUGAGUGCAGAGGCACAGGCUGAUAAUCUUGAUGCGCUGAUCAAGCCUCUCCGGAUCAUGAGAACUGCAAGAGUGUGACAGAAGCUGAUGGCAGAAACUGAUGGAAUUGGAAUGUCGGGAACUUCGAGAUCCUGAUGCACAAGUGAAGCCGCUUCGGAUAGCAAGGAUACAAGUUUGACAGCUGAGGGGAGUAUGGUAAGGCGAUCUCAAGUUUUGGGCAUGCAGAUUGAUAACGAAGCACCAUAAUCAAGCUGCUGUGGGCGAGAAGAGCAAGAGUUUGACAAGUUCUUUGAUCAUCUUGGAUGCUGCUGUUGAUACAUAGCUUUGCUGCACCUUUGUUUCAGAGCUAUCUUGAGAAGAUGAGGGCGCUGACUGGAUUUUCUGUUUUGGUAUAUCUAUACAGAUAGGGAAGACAUGUCUUGUUUAUCUUUUUUCUUUCAUUUUUAACAGCUCACUAUUAUCCAUCUUGUAUACAGGUUUCAUUCUUUAAAGCAGAGAAUGAGAGCAACUUGUUGACUGUUGUAUUACCUAUGUUAGUUGAAUGUAGAAAGGACAAAAUAUGUGAAAGAAGAAAUGAAACUUUAUUUCGAUA